UUGGGGCGCCCCGGCGUGCAUGCUGCCACGUGUGUGCGUAUGUGCAUGUGCGUGUGGGUGUGUGCGUGCCUGUGCAUGUACCAACAGUGCAGCCGCAUUGGGGCGCGUGUGCUCUGAGUGUGAUGGCCGCGUGGGCCGGUGCAGGGUGUUUGCGGGCAGGGGGGUGUCUGAGUGUUGCUGUGACCUGCAGCAGCACAGCUGCCUGGAUUGAGCACCCACUGUGGGCUGGACAUUGACAUAGCAGGUGCUGACAGGACUGGCAGAGGUGGCUGCUGCCCUCAUCCCCAGCCUGCAGUCCUGGGCGAAGGCCGACGCUGAACAGCGCUAUCUGUCCACACCCUUGCCUGCUGGCUUUGGAGCAGGGCCGAGCUGCAGAGAGGCCAACUCCCUGUCUUGCGGCCUAGUGCCCGGCACACGCAAGGGCUCCAGUUUGCUGAGUGAGCAGCUGCAGUUUCGCAGGACUCGGUGUGCCAAGCACCCUGCAAGAGUGCUUCUCAUCCUUAUAAAACCUGUGCGAAGCAUUUUCCUCUUUUCCAAUGUGGAUGAGUUUCCUGUGGCUGCUGUGACAAAUGACCACAAUGGCAUGCCUUCAAACAGCACACAUUUACUAGUGCCGAGGACCCAGAAGUACCCAUGCCUGAGGACGUCCAGGACCAGGCAGAGCUGGGCCUUGCGAGCCCUCGGACCAGCGUUCGUCUUCGGGAAGCCGCUGGUAGCUGCUCUGAUCAGCCCCAGGGAAGAUUCUGGACGAGAUCGUGGCCGUCCCCGGGGUGGCCCAUGGGCAGCAGCAGGGGAUCCCAGGAGUGGCCAGGCCCCGCCCACCCACCAUGCUGCAGUGCAGACCGGCACAAGAGUUCAGCUUUGGGCCCCGGGCCUUGAAGGACGCCCUGGUCUCCACCGACGCGGCCCUGCAGCAGCUGUACGCCUCCGUCUUCUCCCCUGUUGAGCGGCUCUUCUUGGCCGAGGCCUACAACCCGCAGAGGACACUCUUCUGCACCCUGCUUAUCCGCACAGCCUUUGACUGGCUCCUGAGCCGCCCUGAGCCCCCUGAGGACUUCCAGACCUUCCACGCCUCUCUGCAGCACCGGAGGCCCAGCCUGGCUCGGAAGCACAUCUACCUACAGCCAAUAGACCUGAGUGAGGAGCCGGUGGGAAGCUCCCUGCUGCACCAGCUGCGCAGCUGCACGGAGGCCUUCUUCCUAGGCCUGCACGUCAAGUGCCUGCCCUCAGUGGCGGCCACAUCCAUCCGCUGCUCCUCGCGCCCCAGCCGGGACUCUGACAGACUCCAGCUCCACACAGAUGGCAUCCUGUCCUUCUUGAAGAACAACAAGCCUGGAGACGCGCUGUGCGUGCUGGGCCUCACACUGUCUGACCUGUACCCGCAUGAGGCCUGGAGCUUCACCUUCAGCAAAUUCCUUCCAGGGCACGAAGUGGGCGUGUGCAGCUUUGCCCGGUUCUCGGGGGAAUUCUCAAAGUCGGGGCCCAGUGCCCCUGAUCCGGCCCUGGGAGAGGCGGUGACAGACAGCCCGGAGGCCCCCCUGCAGGACAGAGGCUGGGCCCUGUGCUUCAGCGCCUUGGGGAUGGUUCAGUGCUGCAAGGUCACGUGCCAUGAGCUCUGCCACCUCCUGGGCCUGGGGAACUGCCGCUGGCUUCGCUGCCUCAUGCAGGGCGCGCUCAGCCUGGACGAGGCCCUGCGGCGGCCCCUGGACCUCUGUCCCAUCUGCCUGCGGAAGCUGCAGCACGUCCUGGGCUUCAGGCUCAUCGAGAGGUACCAGAGACUCUACACCUGGACUCAGGCGGUAGCAGGGACGUGGCCCAGCCAGGAGGCAGGGGAGUCAUCGGUGUGGGAGGACACCCCGCCUGUCAGCGCGGACUCAGGCAUGUGCUGUGAGAGUGACUCAGAGCCCGGCACCAGCACGUCGGAGCCCCUCACCCCUGACGCCUGGAGUCAUGCCUUAUCCUCAGGGCUGGAGCCAGAGGAUGGAUUGAGCUCCCUGGAGGCCUCCGAGGCUCCGCUUUCACUUGGGGGCCCAGCGGAGGCCAUCAAGGAGCACGAACGGUGGCUGGCCAUGUGCAUCCAGGCCCUGCAGCGGGAAGGGGCGGAGGAGGAGCUGGCGCAGGUGGACAGAGCUGUGGACGCCCUCGACCACUGGGAGAUGUUCACUGGCCAGCUCCCGGCCACCAGGCAGGAACUUCCCUGCGGCAGGGACAGUGCAGGGCUGCGUAAGGUCCUCGGGGACAAGUUCUCCUCCCUGAGGAGGAAGCUGAGUGCCCGAAAACUCUCCAGAGCAGAGUCGGCCCCCUGCUCCUGGGACACGGAAGAGAAUUAACACCGUGGGGGCCGCCCUGCCUCUCCUUACCUAGGAUGCUGGCCAGCACUGUCCAGUAGCUGGGGCCACUUCCCACCUGCCAGGGAUUCAGAGGAAGGGUCUAGCUGGGUAGUGGCUCAGGCCUGUCAUCCCAGCACUGUGGGAGGCCAGGACUUGAAGACCAUCCUGGGCAACACGGUGAGCUUCUGCCUCUACAAAAGACAAAUUUUAAAAUGAGCUGGAUGCAGUGGUUCCUACCUGUGGUCCCAGCUACGCGGGAGGCUGAGGUGGGAGGAUAGCUUGAGCCUAGGAGGUCGAGGCUGCAGUGAGCUGUCAUCACGCCAUUGUGCUCCAGCCUGGGUGACAGAAAAGCCACAGAACACCCGUCAUCAGGCAGCUCCAACUCCUGUGUCCCAACCAGUGGUCCUCAAGGGCCUGCACACAUGGAGAGGCCUCCCGGCUCCUGGGUACUUCUCGUACAGCACAAGGUGGACUGUACUGGGGGUGGGGCAAAGCCCCCUCACCCGCAGAGGCAGAAGGAAGCAGCGUGCGUCCUGUCUCCUUCCAGGCUGCAGGCCUGCCCCUCAGUUAUUUAUAGCCGGAAGCUGGAGAGGCCAGCUCAGAUGAGUGACCCUGGGGGCAGACGGGCUCCACGUUGCAACCCAGCUUCCAAGGCUCGGUCUCCCCGCUAAAGGGGGAGCGAUGGGGAUUUGUUUCUUUCUCAAGUGUCAACCACACGCACAGAGAAGGGUCACUUUCUGUGGCACUAAUGGCAUCUGACCCUUACAGACUUCACAUGGGCUCUCUGUGGAAGUUCUGGGGUUUGCCAUCUCUUCUGACCAACGCUGCGAGAGCUGAUGGGCACUGAGGGCAGGGGCCCCCUCAUUCCUGAGGCGGCUGCCACUCACCGUGGGGAAAGCAAACUGUGGUGAUGUUUUGCGGAAGUUUCUUGGCAAAGACGUCUGCACUGUCAGUGCCGAGCAGGUGGAGGUGGUGAUCAGAUGGUUUCUUUCCUUUUUUCUUUUGGUCUAGUUCUUUCCAUUGCUGAGAGAGGGGUAUGUUUUUCCAUAGCCAGGGCCUAGCAUUUUCUCUUUUAAUUUUGCUGAAUUUUGGUUCCUGCAUUUUGAAGCUCUUUUAUGUCCAUGCACAUUUGACUGUUGUGUCUUCAUGAUGAACUGACCCUUUCAUCAUCGUCAAACAUUCCCCCUCAGCCUACAGUGCAGAGUCCCAGGGAGAGACACUUCCGGUUCUGAGAGUAGAAUCCCUGCAGAGUGAUGAGGGCGGGGUCACAGCGAGAUCUCUUUCCUCUGGAAAGAGGCAAGAACAGGGCAGCUUGGACGUUUUGUGGGUGGGUGGCUAAUAGGGUUUUGGAGGGCUUCUAAGAAAAUCCAAAACACAACACGAAAACUAGAAGGGCUAUGCAGGUGAGGAGGGCUGAGGCUUCCCUGUGAAUCUGCCAUUGGUGGAGCCUGACUACAGGCUCCUGGUCCUGGUCCCAGAAAAUGCAAAAGGACAAGUAUGUGUGGAUGUCAGAGAAGCAAAGAUGCAGCUCAAAGUAGCAUUAGGACCUUCCUCCAUCCCGUUCUCUUUUGUGUAGCUUCUAAGAGGCACGACAGUGACGUGGGAGGUAACUGAUAGAAUGAAGCGGGGAGAGAAGAGCCAGGCCUUUCAGAAAGUGACCUGGGUUUCCUCACAGUAUGGUGGCUGCCUUCCUAAGGUGGACAUUCUGAGGGUCAGAUGGAAGCUCUGUGGCCUUUCAUAACUCGGCCUCACAUCACAGAAUGUUACCUUUCCUGCACUCUACUGAGGCAGUGACAAGGACCCCACCCUGGGUUCAUGGGGAGGGGAUGUGGCAGGGACGUGAGACAGCAGAAUAUUGCUGUGACCAUUCGUGAACAGCCCCACUCAGCAUUCACUGUGGGGAUUUGGCUGGUGCACCUGCUAGGUGACCUUACCUGUUGUCUGAUUUCAUCUUCUGCAAAAGGCUCACCACUGAAGUGAUGUGAGACUGAACAGCGGUGAUA